AUGGCAUUGACUGGCCAGGCGGAAUAUACCUAUCUAUAUAAAGACCUCUCUCAUCCUGUGGAGUUCUUAGAUGCCUUCAGAACAUUCUACCUGGAUGGUUUAUUUACUGAUAUUACACUUCAGUGUGCUUCGGGUGUGAUUUUCCAUUGCCAUAAGGCCGUGCUGGCUGCUUGUAGCAACUACUUUAAGGCUAUGUUCACUUCUGAUAUGAAAGAAAAGUCUAAGAACCAGAUCAAACUUUCUGGGCUCAGUCCCACCACCCUGGAAUCCCUGGUGGUCUAUACAUACACAUCGGAGAUUCAGAUAACAAAAACAAAUGUUCAGAGCCUCCUUCAAGCUGCAGAUCUCCUCCAGUUUACCUCGGUAAAGAACGCCUGUGAACAAUUUCUGAUAAGACACUUAGACGUCGACAACUGCCUAGGGAUGCACUCCUUUGCAGAGUACCAUGUCUGUUCAGAGCUAGAGAAGGAGUCUAGAAGGAUAUUAGUAUCUCGAUUUGAAGAAGUGUGCAGGCAGGAAGAGUUUCUGGAAAUCAGCAGUGAGAAACUUCAGUUCAUUCUCUCCAGAAAGAAUCUCAGCGUUUGGAAAAAAGAUGCAGCGAUAGAGCCAAUUGUUAAGUGGAUAUCUUAUGAUGUGGACAAAAGAACUGAGUACAUUUAUGAUCUGCUGAGCUGUCUUGAUAUGGCUUUUGACAAAAUGUAUUUGAGGUCAGCCUUAAGUGUGCACAAGAAAUGUCGGCUGAAUGAAAACAAGGUCAGGUCUCUAAUACACAACGCACUAAGCCAUAACCCCAAAGCUGCCUCUAUAAGGUCAACAGCUGUUAUGUAUGUGAUUGGAGGAUAUUAUUGGCAUCCUUUAUCUGAGGUGCAUAUGUGGGAUCCUAUCACCAAUAUAUGGAUCCAGGGUGCAGAGAUGCCAGACCACGCGAGGGAAAGUUAUGCAGUUGCUAGUUUGGGACCCAACAUUUAUGUAACGGGGGGUUAUAGAACAGACAAUAUAGAAGCCAUUGAUAAAGUGUGGAUAUACAACUGUGAAGCUGAUGAGUGGAGUGAAGGCUGCCCUAUGCUUAAUGCAAGGUACUACCACUGUGCAGUUACCUUGAAUGGCUGCAUCUAUGCUUUAGGGGGUUACCGAAAAGGAGCUCCAACUGAAGAAGCGGAAUUCUAUGAUCCUUUAAAAAAGAAAUGGGUCUCCAUUGCAGAUAUGAUCAAAGGGGUUGGAAAUGCCACCGCUUGUGUCCUGAAUGAAGUAAUCUAUGUCAUCGGAGGUCACUACGGUUACCGGGGAAGCUGCACUUAUGACAAAGUUCAGAGCUAUCACUCGGACAUUAAUGAAUGGAGCACAGUCACCACGAGCCCACAACCAGAAUAUGGAUUGUGUUCCAUUGCACUCGAAAACAAGCUCUAUCUUGUGGGUGGACAAACUACAAUCACAUAUUGUUAUGAUCCAGAGCAAAAGGAAUGGAAACAGAAGGCUGAUAUGAUGGAAAGAAGGAUGGAGUGUGGAUCUGUUGUCAUUAAUGGGUUCAUCUACAUAACGGGAGGCUAUUCGUCUUCUAAAGGAUCUUAUUUGCAAAAUAUUGAGAAAUAUGAUCCUGAGUGUGAUAAAUGGGAAAUUGUGGGCCAUCUUCCCAGCGCGAUGCGUUCACAUGGCUGCGUCUGUGUGUACAACGUGUAA